ACCUUGGCCAACGGAGCUUGCCGAGAGUUCAUCAUCAUCCCUCGGGUCAGAGGAGGGAGUUGUCCACCGAGGUUCUUCACAGCUGCUCUACUAACCUCAGUAGCACAACAGAAGGACUUGGAGCUGAAGGAAGGCGCUGGACAGCCCGUUCCCUCUGCUGCUCUAGAGCAACUUACGUAUUCUGUGUCAGCGAUGAUAUUCAAUUGGAACUGCUGUGCCGCCUUCUAUGGAAUGAUUCUUAUGGUCCAGGCUUUCCCGCACACUAAUAUUAAAAUCAGUCAAGCUUUGCCAGAAUCAAUCCUGUCCUACUCUUGUCCUCUCUUCUGGACAGAAUAUGAAGGGCACUGUUACAGAUACUUUCCUAUUAAUAAAACAUGGGCAGAGGCUGAUCUGUAUUGUGCGGAGUUUUCCAUUGGCCUCAAAUCAGCCAAAUUAGUGUCCAUUCACAGCUGGGAAGAAAAUGUGUUUGUAUAUGAUUUGGUGAACAGCCGAGUGCCUGGAAUACCCACAGAUAUCUGGAUGGGACUUAAUGAUCUAAGACAGGAAAGCAAUUAUGAAUGGACCGAUGGUUCCUUGUAUGACUACAAUUACUGGGAUGGGAAUCAGCCGGAUGAUGGGAUCCAUUCUAAACCAGAGGAUGAAGAUUGCGUUCAGAUCUGGUACAGAUAUAGCAGUGGUAGCUUUACGGUCUUGGAAUGACAAUAGCUGCAGCAAAGAGUUUCCAUUUGUAUGUAAAAUUCCAUCCUUGUCAGCUGAUUAGCCCUCUGCUCCUGGAACAAGACAGACAACUGAACUUCUGAACCACCGUUGUGGACUGAAAUCGAUAUAGCAGGACGUUCUUCUUAGCUGUCAAUCUUGCAACUGGAAUAAUUGUCUUCUAAAUCUGGCUUACUGGAUGCUUUAGCUAGCCAUGCAGCGUAUUCUGUUUGCAUUUUGGACUGUAACUCCCAGAAAUGUGCUGGCCAUGCUGGCUGGGGGGGGGAUUAUGGGCGUUGUAGUCUAAAAACUAACUUGUCCCAAGCUAUGGCUGUAAUUUAACCUCAUCAAUACAAAGGGGCUCCAAUCCCAGCAGAGCAUAGGUAGGUGGCUCAGUGUAGUGCAAACAAAGUUCUUUUUAAACUUGCCAGUCUGGUUAUUGAUUUUUUUAAGCUAAUGCCCACAAGGAAAUAAUGAAGGGGGGAAACAAAUCUUAUCCCCUUUGAACAGCUGCUUUGGUUUCUAGUUUUCCACCCUCCUGUUAAAAAAAUUCCCUACAUGCAAGUAGGGAAUCUUGUAAAACAGUGGUUUCCAACUUUGGAUAACCCAGAUGUUCUUGGACUGCAACUCCCA